UUUUAAAGUCAUCCUUAGUGAGUGAGAGCAGUGUUGGUAUUUCUCUGGAAGGUUUAGGAAAGGUGCUUAGUGAAUCAUCCAAAAUGUGUGAGCAGUUUGUGGGAAUAUGGAAGCUGGUUUCCAGUGAGAAUUUUGAUGAUUACAUGAAAGAACUUGGUGUGGGCUACGCUACGAGAAAGAUAGCUGCUGUUGCCAAGCCUAAUGUCGUUAUCAGUUGCAAGGGGGAUGUCAUAACCAUCAAAACGGAAAGUACUUUCAAGAACACAGAGAUUAGUUUCAAGCUGGGAGAAGAAUUUGAUGAGACAACAGCAGAUGAUAGGAAAGUGAAGAGUACUGUGACACUAGAAAAUGGAUCUCUCAAUCACGUGCAGAAAUGGGAUGGGAAACAGACCACAAUUAAAAGAAAGGUAGCUGAUGGAAAGUUGAUUGUGGAGUGCUCAAUGAACAAUGUUGUCUGCACUAGAAUCUAUGAGAAGGCAUGAAGACUCUUGCCAGUUGAUGGAUAGAACCUUGAAGCCAAAGAUAAAUGUCAAUUCACAGGGCAACAGCCCUGCAAGGCUAAUUGUUUCCAAGAACUGACUUGUUUACUGGCCAACUCCAAAGCAACCUUGUAUCAUCUGAAGAAUUGUGGUUAUUCAAUAAAAAUGCUCACCUUGGGGAAAA